AUGGCCGUCAAACCAAUUGUUGGCGUACGUCCCGACCCCGACCCCCACGAGUCCGAGGGCCGCUGGGGCUCAAUAGCCGCGGAUCUGAAGGGAUCAAACGAGCUUGACGCAAGUCUCGGAUUCGCCAUGGGCAACGUCUUCUGGCACGGAUUCCACAUGCCCCGCACCAACGCCCGCGACAUCCACUACAAGAAGCUCGAGGACGAGCGCGCAUCGCGAUUGGGCUAA